CCAGCCCGGCCUGUCUGCCGCGGACUGCCUGCCAACACAGAGUUAGGCCAGGCCGCGGCUUGGGGCCUACAUCGGUUGCCAGAGUAACCAAGCGCUGCUUCCGCCGCCUCGACAUCGCGCUUCGGGUAGGCCGCAGCCAGCCGCUCGGGAAAACCGGAGCCCCGCCGCGCAGGGAGCCGGAGCCAGGAAUUAAAUUGAAGCAUCAAAUGCGAGAAGCUUCGCCAUAAUGACGACGGUGAGACAGAGAAAGCGUGCGGGCGCCGCUGAGUCCAAUCACCAGAACGCCAAGCAGGGCGCAAAAGGCAUUCCAGGUCCGACAUUGUUUCGGAUUCUCAGUCAUCUUAUCGGAGGGACCCUCGCGCUGGCUCUUGGGCUGCUCACCACAUACUAUGUCUGCACGCUGCACGAAAACGACUUGUGGUUCUCCAGUAUUAAGGAAGUGGAGCGGGAGAUUUCCUUCAGGACGGAGUGCGGCUUGUAUUAUUCCUACUACAAACAGAUCCUGCGCACCCCAUCCAUCACACAAGGUAUUACUGAUUUGAUGUAUGACAACAGGACAGAAUCCAUGAGAACAAUUAAUAUCCUGGAACGGAUGAAUGUUUACCAAGAGGUUGUCCUCGCUGUGAUGUACCGGACCCUGCCCUUCUGGAAAUACUUGGAGCCGGUGUAUUUCUACAUUUACACCCUGUUUGGACUGCAGACGGUGCACGUGGUGGCUCUGUAUGUAACCAGCUGGCUGCUCAGCGGCACGUGGCUUUCCGGGGUAUUGGCAGCGUUAUGGUACAUUGUUAACAGGAUCGACACGACGAGAGUGGAAUUCACAAUCCCUCUGCGAGAAAACUGGGCACUGCCAUUUUUUGCUGUGCAGAUAGCAGGAAUUACGUAUUUUCUGAAACCGAAUUUAACAGCAGCAAAGGAGAGACUGUCGAUAAUCGUGGUGUUUGUUUCAACGUUCAUCUUCAGCCUCACCUGGCAGUUCAACCAGUUUGUUUUGCUGUUACAAGCAGUGGUGCUGUUCAUCGUGGACACGCUAGACCUGGUCCCGUCCACUAAAGUGACCAGACUGUACGUGAUCCAGGCCGUGUCCCUUCUCCUGGUCUGCGCCCUGCAGUUUGUCAAUACGAUGAUCCUGGGAUCGUUGCUGAUCAGCUUCAUAGUGUCUGCGAUGGUAGCCAGAAGAUUUCAGAGAGGGCUCAGGAACGGGCACCUUCUAAGAAGAAUGGGGAAUCUCGUCUUCCAUGGCGUGGUGGUCCUGUCCCUGACGGCUCUCGUAAAUAAGGCUAUUAAGAAAAUCCUCCAUCUGCAAUCAGACGAACAUAUCUUUAAGUUUAUUCAAGCAAAGCUGGGCUUCGGAACAAGGGAUUUUGAUGCCAGUCUGUACCUGUGCGAGGAGCCGUUCCGUCUGCUGCCGCUUGAUACGUUUGAAAGGUUCUCUGACACUCUGAUCUUGUACCCUUAUAUCUUCGUCCUCUUCAUCUUAACGAUCUCUGCGACAGUCGCCGUGUUUUGCAACCUCAGUUCCCCAAAUUCAAUGCAAAACGAAAAAAAGGAAAAAAAAGCGAGUUACGUGAAGCCGGAAGUCGCCUACAAUUUAAUGCACACCCUUCUGUUUGCGUGUUUGGGCAUCAGCACCAUGAGGAUGAAGUACCUUUGGACGUCUCACAUGUGCGUCUUUGCCUCGUUCGGGCUGGCCAGCAUGGACGUCAUGGGAGCGCUGUUGAGAUGUUUCAGAGUUUACAGCCCACAAAGGGCGAACGCGCUGAGAUACACGCUGUCCGUCAUGCUGGUUCUGUACCUGAUCUUUAAGUUCUGGCCGAGGAUAACGGAGGAGCUUUCUGAGCUGAGAGAGUUCUACGACCCGGACACCGUGCAGUUAAUGAGCUGGAUCAAGUCCAACACCCCUAAGAAUGCAGUGUUUGCAGGGAGCAUGCAGCUGCUGGCAGGGGUAAAGCUCUGCACCGGGAGAGUGCUGACCAAUCACCCCCAUUAUGAAGACAAGACCCUCCGGGACAGGACCAAGCAGGUUUACCAGGUCUAUGCGAAGAGAUCCCCCGAAGACGUUCACAGUAUACUGAGAUCCUUCGGGACUGACUAUGUGAUCCUAGAGGACAGUAUAUGCUAUGAAAGACGCCACGGACGGGGCUGCCGCCUGCGUGACUUGUUGGAUGUCGAUAACGGACACAUCAUGGACGGCCCCGGCGAUAAUGAUCCUGAUCUGAAGCCCUCACCUCACCCUCGUUUCUGCGAUGAAAUUAAGAAAGACCUGGCUUCUUACACCAAGUACUUCACCAGAGUGUUUAAGAACAAAACAUUUAAUGUCUACAGACUUACGAGACAACCUGUUGUAAAGUAACGCGUGGGACCCGCAUGGAGCAGCGCAUGCCCCGGACCCCCGAUCCCCGUUUAAACUCCGCGGGGAGGGAAAGGGAUCUUCUGCUGGAUCCAAGGUCAUUGGACGUAUCUGGGAUUCUUUUCCUGCCGU